ACAUGCGAAUCAGGAAGUCGAGAGCGAUACAAGACGGGAGUUGAUAGACGAUUUUACUGAAUCUACUCUACUCUUAUUCGCUUCAAUUUGCCGCAAAAUGCCGGGGAAAAAAGUGUGUAUCGUUGGAUCAGGAAACUGGGGAUCGGCAAUUGCCAAAAUUGUUGGCCACAAUGUUAAGGCGAAUAACAGGUUUGAUCCCAUGGUAAAUAUGUGGGUUUUUGAAGAAAUGAUCAAUGGAAAAAAACUCACUGAAAUCAUCAACACAGAGCACGAGAACGUCAAAUAUCUACCAGGACAUAAACUUCCCAAAAAUGUGGUGGCCGUGCCUGAGAUAACGGACGCAGUGAAGGGAGCAGACAUCCUGGUGUUUGUCCUCCCUCAUCAGUUCAUCCGCAAACUCUGUGAUCAGAUGAAGGCACAUGUCAAGCCCGGAAUGAUCGGGAUCUCACUCAUCAAGGGUAUAGAUGAAGGCCCAGAGGGCCUGCGUCUGAUCUCGGACAUCAUCCGUGAGAAGCUGGAGGCGGACAUCAGUGUGCUGAUGGGGGCCAACAUCGCCAACGAGGUGGCUGACGAGAAGUUCUGCGAGACCACCAUUGGGGCAAAAACUGAAGCGAAUGGGCAUAUCUUUAAAGAGCUUCUUCAGACGCCAAACUUUCGAAUCACCGUGGUGAGAGAGAGUGAUACAGUGGAGCUCUGUGGAGCUCUGAAGAACAUAGUUGCGGUGGGGGCCGGCUUCUGUGACGGCCUGGGCCUCGGAGACAACACCAAGUCGGCGGUGAUCCGCCUGGGUCUGAUGGAGAUGAUCGCCUUCGCCAAGCUCUUCUGCAAGGGCCCCGUCACCUCCGUCACCUUCCUGGAGAGCUGUGGUGUCGCCGACCUCAUCACCACCUGCUACGGCGGACGCAACCGCAAGGUGGCCGAGGCCUUUGUUCAAACAUCAAAGUCUAUUUCUGAGCUGGAGGCAGAAAUGUUAAAUGGACAGAAGCUACAGGGACCUCAGACCUCAGCAGAAGUGUACCAGAUCCUCAAAAAGAAAGAAAUUGUUGACAAGUUUCCACUGUUUGUGUCUGUGUAUCUGAUCUGCUUUGAGGGCAAGCCAGUGAAAGACUUCAUCACCUGUCUCCAGUGUCACCCAGAACACAUGUGAUGUGGUAUGGAGCAUGACCAGGGACAAACCUAACCACCCUGCCUAUGGCAAAUAACCACUCCAUCUCUCACAGAGAAAUACCACUUCAUCAUAUGAGACGCACACAUAACAACUCACUCAGCACAUGACCUGAUGUAUAUUAUAUUUGUUUAUUUUUUGUUUGUUUUAUCAGUACCAUCCUGUAAUUGUAUCUGUUGUUUAAAAAAAAAAAAACAAUCAUUCCAAAAACACGGUAAGACACUAGUGGUUGUGGUGAGGGAUCCUUUUGACAAGCCAGCUCAGUUUAUGUUCCAGAGCUCCACCCUAGCACAUUGCCUUAAACCAACCCAAUCAGAAUGGAAACCCCUCCCUAUGGUCCACACCAGGUGGGAGGUGAACGUGCCUUAACAUACUGUAGCAUACUUUAUAUAAAGCAUUCUGUUCCUCAAUGAAGGCGGUUUGCUCAGGUCUGUACUCUAAGUAUACUCUAAGUUUUUGAAACGCACAAUUAUUAAAUAAAAGACUGAAACAGUUUUGGGGAUCGUUGUAUGACGGUUUACGUAGUUAGUCAGCAGUUUAUAUCUGCCUGUAUUAAAUAAACAAGCUGACACAGGAAAACAUUUUUUUUAAAAAUGUUACAUUGCAAAUGCCCUUUUUUAAUCAAUACUACUUUUUUGGAAUGUGCUGCUUGUGAGACCAUUUGAUGUCAUCUCUGAUAAAGUCAUGUGACUGCUGCACUA